AUAGUAAUGGCUUUGAGCCCCGAAGACGAGAAGCUACGGCUGCAGCAGCUGAGGGUCCUGCGGAGGAAAUGGCUGAGGGAUCAGGAGCUGAGUCCUCGGGAACCCGUCCUGCCCCCCACCAAACAGAAUCCAGUGGAUAGAUUUUGGAGCAACUUCCUAAAGGAGAAGAGCCUGUGGAGGAACUUUACUUUUAAAGUAUACAAUGCUGGCAAAUCUGCUGCAGUCCUGUUGGUCGUGACUUGGGCUGUUCAUUACUGGUCAAAGUAUCACCUAGCGAACAAACCCUACGGUAUCACAUUUGGAAAGUUACCCUUAUAUCCCGGUGAUGUCAUCGAAGAGACUGGAGAAGUUAUCCCACCCAUGAAGGAACCAACCAGCGCUCAUCACCACCACUAA